CAUAUUCAUAUAUGAUAUGUAUGUUUGCUUUAUAUGAUAUCAUAAUAAUUAGUUGGAUAACUAUAUCAUUGUUUUUUAAGGAUAGUUAAGCUUUUUAAUUGUUGUGUCGGUCGGUAUCGGUAUCGGUGUCGGUGUGUGUGUGUGUGUGUGUACUAUACACACCCACCCCAUCCAUCCAUAUCCUUCUUAAAUAAAUCUUACACUUACAGACACUACCGAAACCUAACCAUCAUUAACAACACACGACUGGCCCCUAACCCUAACCAUCAUUAACAACGACUGUCCAUAACCUAACCAUCAACAACACGACUGACCCUAACCAUCAACUACUACAACAACACGACUGUCCCCUAACCAUCAUCAGCAGCAUCGACAUCAAGAUUACCCCCCACAAAAAAAAACGAUGGAUAUGUUAAAAAGUGAAGUCAAACUACUGUUGCUGAGAAACGGACAGUUAGAAGAUGAGAACCGUCACCUGAAACAGUCGGAGCUGCGUUUGAGACAACAGUUAUACCAUGAAAAACAAUUGACCAAGGUACUGGAUCAGGUUAAACUAGCACAAAACGAGUAUAUAUCCAAACUGAAUGGUCUGAUUAUUGAACUGACCAACGAUAAUACUACCGGUGCUGCUGGUAGUGGUGGUAGUGGUAGUGGUGGUACAGGUGCUGCUGCUGUUUCACCAGCAGCUAAUGGUACGAUAGCUACAGCCGGUGCUACCGAUAGUAGUGUUGGCCAACAGCUUAGCUAUCAUCAGCUGAAACUGGAUAUCAAUAACUGUGUUAAAGUGUGCAAACAAUUGCAAACAGAGUACGAGUCCUGUAAAAAGUCAAUCGCCAGGUCCUCGACAUCGGCAUCGGCAUCGGUAGCCAAUAAUAACAACUCAUCCUAUUCAUCAUCAAACAGACAUUUGAAGUCAUCCAAUGCGGCCAAUACCUCGUCAUCAUCGGCCGCAGCCGUAGCCGCUGGCCAUACACUGCUGGAUGUUAUCGAAACGGACGAUGCAUUUACCGAUCGGCUACUGGAAGACAUUGCCGACGAAGAUCUGCUUGAAGACGAUGACGACUACGACAAUGUCAACGAUAAUGACGAGGACGACGACGACGACGAUGAUGACGAUCAGCCGAUGCCCGAACUGGAUCUAAUUGACGACCAGUUUGAUGACAAUACGAUACUGUUUGGUAGCGGUUUAGAUAACCCGAACAACGGUUCCGGCGUCGGUGGUGGUGGUGGUGGUGGUGUCCAGUAUCUGGAUAUGACCGAUACUACCGAAUUUAUACCGAAACGGACACUGCCGAAAGGUGCCCGAAAAAGUUUCCCGAAUAAUAUCCAAACCAAUCUCCAGAGUCCACGCAAACGAAAAUCGGAUAAUAGAGGCUAUAAAACGUCCCAUAAGUUUGGCGACAAAUAUAAGUGCAAUUGGAAAGGCUGUGAAUUUAUAUCGAGUUAUAAGCAAAAUGUUGAACGACAUUAUAGAGUACACACUGGCGAACGUCCGUUUAAGUGCCAGUUCAAGGGCUGUACGUUUUCGGCCAGUCAGGCCGGCAAUCUGAAAGUACAUCAGCAACGACACGGCCACCAGACACCCAACGCCCACAAGAUUCGGAUCCGGUCGACACACAGUGCGGCCAUACCUAUCAAAAUGUCAUCGUUAGCAGUAGGAUCUUCAUCAUCAUCAUUGAUGUCAUCGCCGCCGCCUAAUGGCAAACAUCAUAAUCAUCAGUCACAGCAACAGUCGUCCUCAUCGUCGUCGUCGACUACGACGACGACAACGACUACUAAAUAAAUGAUAAUUCAAUUG